AUGCAGACGUUUUAUUUUAGAGAGCUCAUUGGUGUGGAAUAUUUGUAUUCUCAGACCAAUAGAGCUUUAGAGGAAGACAUAGCUAAAGAUCCUGACGUUCCCGAUGGCCUUCAGGAUGAAGACCUACUGGCUGAUCUGGAGGGGGAUGAGGGGUUUGAGGAUGCAUACCUCGACGAGCCCACUGAAUUUAUGGAGCUUGAGGGCAACCUCCAGAACCCCUCUCAGCCCCCAUCCCAGACAGACUCAGCAGCUGUGUCGUCUUCUCCUGCGUCGUCCAGUCAGAGCCAGAUGGACCGUGUGGGACCAAAUGGCCAACCUGGAUAUGACCAUGUCAUUAGACUGGCUGACUGUCUGGUUGACCUGCGGCUUCAGGGGUUUGUCACACAAAGUAUGGUGGAUGAGAUUGUCAUGCUGUGGAACCACCUGGCAGAUCAUGACAAGGGGCCUCUCAUCUAUUCCCCUUGCCACCGUGACAGACUGCUGAAGGGUCGCUUUAAGGUCAGCCAUUCGAAGACCAACGUAACCCCUGGCACAGACAGUCUAAAGAGAUGCUUUCUUGGUGAGGGUGGACCUGCACAGUGGCCCAGCACAAGCCGUCUGGUCGAAGCUAUCUGCCUGGCUCUCUGCAGAAUCCACCCUGCUGGUCAAACCAUCGCCGGAGUUCGUGUGAACCGGUGGGCUGCCAUUCUAAGGGACUACAGGAAGAUCCGUCAUGAUGUCCUGGGCAGCCCCGGAAUCAUGGCUCAAACUAAAUUAAAACUGUUUGAGCUGAACCAGCUUACCAUCUCACAGUGGAGCAAGAGAGGGAGGUUUUGCAGCAGAACAUUGAGGCGUUCUCUGCUCCUCUGGUGGCCCUUGUACCGCUCCCACCAGUGCUGCAAAAGCUGCCGGAAGCAGUCCAGCACAGACACUUGUGUUUUGAGUCUGCAAUACCGCAGGAUGCGUCUGGACAGGCAGCACCGCGACCUCGAGGCCGACCACCUUCUGUGGGCACAACGGAAGCAUCUGUCAGACCUGGUCUUCAUGUCUCUCCUGGCACAGCCCACUCUGCCACUUACCUCACACCUGUCUCCACAUUAGCACCUUUUGCAGCACUUACAUUUACCGCAGCACUUGAACCAUCUUCUGCAGGCUUUGCUGUGACUGUUCCUGUUCCUGCUGGUGCUGCACCAGUUCCUGUUUCUGCUGGUGCUGCGCCUGUUCCUGCUCCUGUUGGUGCUGCGCCUGUUCCUGCUCCUGUUGGUGCUGCGCCUGUUCCUGCUCCUGUUGGUGCUGCGCCUGUUCCUGCUCCUGCUGGUGCUGCGCCUGUUCCUGUUUUUGGAGUAUAUGUACCAGUUGCAGCGCCAGAUGAAAAGAGGGUGCCAAAGACCACAGCGUGGCGGCGGAAGUAGUUGGCGGAGGCAGCCGCUGCAGCAGCAGCUCAAGGUUUGACUCCCUAAAAAAGACAAGCACCUCAGCAGUUCCUAUGCCAAAAGUGUGGCCAGCCAAAAACUAAAGAAUUUGGCCAUAGCCAGUUCAGAGGGGUCCACUUUUGUGCAAAGGCUUCUGGGAAAACUGUGGCGCAGUGGAAGGAGGAAGUUAAAAAAGGAGAGACAAAAUAAACUAUAAAGAAGACCAACUUUGUACAUUUGUUGAAAAUGUUUAUUU